UUGCAUAUAUUUUUUUUUUUAAAGAAGCUUCAUUUUCAAAAUUACUUUGUAAUUUUUUCAGUGCCAAUUUCAUCCAGAAACCUGGUGGAUUUACACAGAUUUUAUCGAAACAAAAAUGCAAUGAGCGGAAUGCAGCUGCAAAGCGGCUUCAACCGGGCGAUAGCUCGCGGCUACCAUAUCCAUUUCAGGUGCUAAGACAUUUGGACCGUGGUGAUUUGAUGCUGAUGAACCGGCAGCCUUCGCUGCAUAAGCCAUCGAUGAUGGGUCACCGAACUCGUGUACUCAAAGGACAGCGAGCGCUGCGCCUCAAUUAUGCGCCCUGUAAAGCCUACAAUGCGGAUUUUGAUGCGAAUGUCGGAUCGAAUUUUUUGGUACCAAAGGAUGGAACACCAUUGUUGGGUCUUAUCCAGGAUCAUGUGGUAUCUGGAGUGCUAUUGACAAUACGUGGAAGAUUUUUCUCCAAGGAAGAUUUCAUGCAUUUGGUGCUCUCCGCAUUCGCCGAAACCACUCAGCGACUGAUCAUCCCACCACCAGCAAUGCUUAAACCAAGGAGGCUAUGGAGCGGCAAGCAGAUUAUCAGUACAAUACUGCGGAAUUGUAUACCGCUGGAUAAGCCGUUGUUAAAUCUGAGGAGUAAAGCGAAAACGCCACUGUCAUGCUGGAAAGUUGAUGGCUGCGAAAUGCCCGAAUUUAAUAUGAGCGAAUCCGAACACUAUGGAAGCACUCAAUACGGCCUAAUACAUUGCUGCUGGGAUUUAUACGGCCAUCGACAUGCCAUAAGGAUCUUGAGCUGCCUGUCGCGACUUUUCACAACUCAUCUUCAGUAUCAUGGAUUUACACUCGGUGUGGCAGAUAUUCUUGUUCGAAAAGAGGCCGACAAGAAGAGGAGAAAAGAAAUUGAAGCCCUUCGAAAAUGCGGUAAUUAA